ACGCUGCAAAUCGCAAAGGCCGGCCCCAAGCUCUCCACCCCUCUCUCUUGCCUCCAACACCAACCGCUUCUAUGAUCUUCAACACUGGUCUCGCCGUUACGGCCUUCCUUGCGCUCUCUGUGGCUUGCGAAGCUGCCUCGGUUCCCAAGGGUGGCAAAUGGGACAAGUACCGCCAUUCGCUCGACAAGGUGCUUGGCUCCGCUGAGACGACCACCAGCAUGGCCGGCGAGUCCAAGAGCCUCUUUGAUGCCUACACGGCCCAAAACAGCGACCCUGCCUUCCAAGGUCUCGUCAAGAAGGCCAAGGACUACAUCGCAGCCAACUCGGGCUUUGCCGAGCAAUCCCUCGAUGAGGAGACCCUCGACUCGCUCGUUACCGAAGCCUUUGGCGGCGACACCACCGAGGCCCACACCGAGGCCUUCCUCGCGGCUGCUCUCCCGACCUCCUGGGACUCGCGCUCCAAGAACUGGGUCUCGUCGAUCAAGGACCAGGGCCAGUGCGGCAGCUGCGUUGCCUUCUCGUCGGCUGCCACCGUCGAGAGCACCUUCCUCAGCAAAAAGGGCAGCAGCAUCGAUGUCUCCGAGGCCGACAUCUUCUUCUGCCUUGCUGCUGGCCAGGCCCAGUGCAGCACCGGUUGGUACCCAAGCUCGGCUGCCAGCGCCAUCUCCCAGAACGGCGUCGCCAAGGAGAGCUGCUUCCCUUACCGAGCCGGAAGCGGCCAGGACCAGACCUGCAAGCGCGGCUGUGCCAGAACCGGCGGUCUGUCCCAGGCUUCGUUCAGCAGCGUCAACCAGAUCAAGAACCACAUCAUGAACUACGGCGCUGUCCUCACCGCCUUCACCGUCUACCAGGACUUUAUGAACUGCUGCACCAACAACCAGGUGUACAUGCAGCGCUCCAGCCAGCAGGAGGGUGGCCACGCCGUCUCGAUUGUUGGCUGGAACGACAGCAAGAAGGCCUGGCUCUGCAAGAACUCCUGGACUACUUCCUGGGGAACCAACGGCUUCUUCUGGAUUGGAUAUGGCCAGUGCGGCAUUGGCUCCACCAGCCAGACCUUUGGCUUCACCACCGCCUGAGCGACUGCCGAUGUCGGAAUCGAGCGCCGCACCAUGUUUUGCCUGUUGCGGGUGCCUGUCGACCAAGUACCCCCCCCUUCGACUAAACCUCCUCUGUCAGCGUGAUGUCGACUUGUUUGCAUCGAUGUCGUCUCUCCUACGCCUUCUCCGCCGCCCACCUCUGCCCAAACCUCCUCCAGACC